ACAAAGUGAAACUCCUUCAUAUCAUCACGGCAACCCCCUCCUUGCCUCACAGUAGCGUACCCGCCAACUCUCCAAACUAUCAUAGCCUCCACGCAAGAACCAACACAUCCUUGAAACGUUACCCUGCAAAAAAGAAACAAAAAAGAAAGAAGAACACAAAGGGCGAAAGCCAUAUAUAUUCAUAAAACAACCCUUCAUCUUUCAAUAUAUAAACAAUGAAUAUUUAAACAGUUAGAAGAUCACUCUAAUUCAUGUCAAAAAAAGUAUUACAAUCAAAAUCCUAUCAUAGCAUCAUGUCUUUCUUUCGACCGUUAGCUUCAUAUUACCGCCGCAAUGUUCUGUUUUCUUCUAUGAUCGGCCAUGGAUAUCAUCCUCCCUCAAACCUCAGAAUAGCCUCAUUCACCUGCAGGAAUCUCCACUCCAGACUAGAGCUCAAUAACAGCAACAACAGCAUCAAGCCAUCUCUGUAUCCUCAAUCUUAUUUCUACAGUUGGGCUAAGUGGAUCUUGGGUUCAAUACUGGCUACAGCACUGCCGUUCUGGAACAGAUCCUGGAAAAAGCUGCUGAGAUUAGAAGAUGAGGUUGAAAUCGUGGCUGAAGCGGUGGAAAGUGCGGCAGAGAUUGUAGAGAAGGUAGCCAAUGUUGCUGAGAAGGUUUCUUCGGAUAUUGCAGAGCAGAUGCCGAAAAAUGGGAAGCUAAAAGAAGCUGUUCUAUUCGUUGAAAAUGUUGCUGAAGAAGUAGCAGAGGCGGCCCAGCAUACACAAGAAAUCAUCCACAAGAUGGAGGAAUUGAAAGAGGAAAUAGAAGGGCUGAAGAAAAAAGACACGGAUACAGAAGAAAGCCACAGCAAGCAGAAGAAUAAAUAAUAAAUUUCUGCACAGACCAUUUUGAUUAUUCUGAAGCUGUGUUUUUAUGAAUUUGGGCAUGAGAAAUUCUUUAAUUUGUUUAUCUUAUGUUCCCCAUUAGUUCAUAUGCAUUAAAGUUCUGUGGUUACUUUGUCUAUUAUUCAUCAUGAAAAAAAAAUAACUU